GCUCGCACGGGGGACGGAAGUGACUCGUGAGGGCGGGUCUGUGAGACGUAAUGGCGUCUGUGGUCUGGUGCAGUUAAAGUCUCCGGCGUCUGUCUCGGUGAGAGGCCUCGCCGGCCUCUUCCCUACCUGUGUUAAUCAGAGGAGCAAUUAUGUCAUCUUUUCAAGAGGUUCCAUCUUCAAGCAGUACCCUCCAGACUUCAAAUUUUGCACAUGUUAUCUUUCAAAAUGUAGCAAAAAGUUAUCUUCCUAAUGUGUACCUUGAAUGCCAUUACACUCUGACUCCCUAUAUACGCCCUCACCAAAAAGAUUGGGUUGGUAUUUUCAAGGUUGGCUGGAGUACUGCACGAGAUUAUUACACAUUUCUUUGGUCACCUUUGCCUGAAAAUUAUGUGGAAGGUUCAACAGUUAAUUGUGUGCUUUCUUUUCAAGGAUAUUACCUCCCAAACGAUGAUGGAGAAUUUUACCAGUUCUGUUAUGUGACUCAUAAGGGAGAGAUACGUGGAGCAAGCACCCCUUUCCAAUUUCGAACGUCAUCUCCAAUUGAAGAAUUGUUAACAAUGGAAGAUGAAGGAAAUUCUGAUAUGUUGGUAGUGACUACAAAGGCUGGACUUCUUGAGUUCAAAAUUGAAAAAACCCUAAAAGAAAAAGAAGAACUGUUAAAGGUAACUGCAUCACUUGAAAAAGAAACUCUGCAACUCAGAGAUCAAGUUGAAAGACUAGAAAAAGAACUUCAGUAUGAAAAGGAAAGAUGUGAUAAGCUUGAAGCACAGCAAAAGGAUAGCUUGAAAGCUGUAGAAAUCCUUAAAACUGGAAAUGAAGAAAUUGAGAAAAAACAUGAAGAGGCUACUUCCAAAGUUCUUCAGCUUGAAGAAGACAUCAUGAUUGUUACUCAGAAAGCUAUUACAAAAGAAACAGAAUUAGACAGCUUGAAAGACAAACUCAAGAAAGUAGUCUUGGAAAAGGAGCAGUUUGAAUGCCAGUUAAAGACAGAAAAGGAUGAAAAGGAGCUUUACAAGAUACACUUGAAGAAUACAGAAGUUGAAAACACUAAAUUAACAUCUGAAAUUCAGACACUUAAGAAUUUGGAUGGAAACAAAGAAAACCUUAUAGCAUAUUAUAAAGAAGAGAUUGGCAGAUUACAACUGUGUCUGGCUGAAAAAGAAAAAUUGAAGAGGGCUUUCCUGCUUACUUCAGCAAAUAAGGAAGAGUCAAGUAUUUUAAAAGAGCAGCUUCGGAAAGCUGAGGAUCAAAUUCAGGCAAGCAGACAGGAAGCUCUGUUGAUGGCAAAAGAGCUAAGUGAUGCAGCAAAUGUGCGUGAUAAAACAAUGGCAGAUCUUCAUAGUGCCCGACUUGAGAAUGAAAAGGUGAAGAAACAGCUGAAUGAUGCUCUAGCUGAACUUAAAAAAAUCUCUCUUACGAACAAUGAACAGGGAGCAUCAAAUGUUGUAGAGAGAGAACUGCGCAGAGAAGUUGAAGAUUUAAAGCUCCGUCUACAGAUGGCUGCUGAUCAUUACAAGGAAAAAUUUAAAGAGUGCCAGAGGCUGCAAAAACAAGUCAAUAAAUUUAUUGACCAGAAUAAAACUUCAGGGGAUCAGCCGAAUUUGACAGAUGGCUCAAAAAGUGAAACUCCUGCGGUCGAGGCUGAUAAAACAUUACCUGCAUCUCCAGCUAGCAUCAUUUCAUCUGAUACAGUUUUGGAGUUUUCAGAAAAGGAGCAACAUGAAAAGAAUAAGGAAAUUUCUGACAAAACAGCGAAGUAUAAGAAAUGCGAGCUGAUGCUAUCAGAUGAGAAAUUGAAAUGUACUAUGUAUGCUGAUAAACUGGCCAAAUUGGAACUGAAAUGGAAGGAGCAAGUGAAAAUUAGUGAGAGUGUGAAGCAGCAGCUAGCUGCAGUGAAAGACCAGUAUCUAGUACAAUUGGCUGAAAAAGACAGACAGAUAGAUGAGUUGACAUCUCAUUUGGGAAUUGUCAGCAUUGAGAAGAAUCCUGGAAGAAGACUAGAAAAUCAAGUGGAAAGGAUCAAGGAAGGACAGAUUUCUCAGCAGGCACUAUAUUUUCUCAAUCCAGUUCUUAAUUCUGAAGAUAAUGGGCAGGUUCCUGCUAUACCACCUAGGGUACCAUUUCUGCAGUAUGGAAAUCACUACACAAACCAGGAAACUAGAGAUGGAGUAGAUGGUGCUUUUUAUCCUGAUGAGAUCCAAAGGCCACCUGUAAGAGCAGCCUCUUGGGAUAUUGAAGACAAUGUGGUAUGCAGUCAGCCUGCUCGUAAUUUCAGUCGCCCUGAUGGUUUAGAAGAUCUUGAGGAUAGUAAUGAUGAUGAGGCAAGUGCACCUUCUGCUCCAGAUCCACCAGAUCUGCGCUUACAUAACCGUGGGACAGGUUUCUGUUUUGAUUCCAGUUUUGUGCACAUCAAGAAAUGUCCACUCUGUGAAGUGAUGUUUCCUCCUAACUAUGAUCAAACCAAGUUUGAAGAACAUGUCGAAAGUCACUGGAAGGUGUGUCCAAUGUGCUGUGAACAGUUUCCUCCUGAUUAUGACCAGCAAACUUUUGAAAACCAUGUUCAAACACACUUUGAUCAUAAUGUUUUAAACUUUGACUAGUUGGGGCAUCUUAUGCAGCAUAACAGGCAAAAGUUGAUUAUGCUCUAUAAGACGAGAAUGCUUCAUGAAUGAUGUAAGCUUAAAGAGGUAGUGAUCAGCAUUGCAGUUGAUUAGAAUAAAUAUUUGGCCUAUUACCAAGCAUUUCUUAAUCUAGCACGCACCCAAAUAUGUUGUAUCUGUCAAUAUUUAUUCCUUGGCUAACAAUUCAUAAGAACACAGGAAAAGUGCAGACUUGUUUAGAAAUCUCCAGAAUUCAGCUUGUGGUGGGAUGACAGUUUUCCUCUUGCUUGUUCUAACAUAUUAAAGUUCAUUCCUUAAUAAAAUGAGGUUUUUCAAUAAUUUUGUGUAUAUCUUUCCUAUCCCUGUUAAUUCUGCAUAAUUUGUCCAACAUAAGUUUUUUCAUCUGUUGCAGAAACAUAGUUGUGUUGUGAUUAAAUGUUUUGCAGAAGAGCCUUACAAUAGUAUUCAUCCUUUUAUCAUUAUUAUCCCAAUAUGAAAAUGUCAGGUACACUACUAAAACUAUUAAAAAGACUGCAUUUAGAACUAUUGGUAAGGUGUAAUAAAAUUGUAUCCUUUUUUGUUCAUUUGUACCUAGCAAAUUUUUAAUGUGUAUCUAAAGUCCUUCAGUAAGGGACGCGGUGGCGCUGCGGGUUAAACCGCUGAGCUGCUGAGCUUGCCAAUUGGAAGGUCGGCGGUUUGAAUCCGCGUGACAGAGUGAGCUCCCGUUGCUAGUCCCAGCUCCUGCCAACCUAGCAGUUCAAAAACAUGCAAAUGUGAGUAGAUUAAUAGGUACCGCUUCAGCAGGCAGGUAACAGCGUUCCGUGUAGUCAUGCCGGCCACAUGACCACGGAAGUGUCUACAGACAAACGCCGGCUCUUCGGCUUUGAAACGGAGAUGAGCACCGCCCCCUAGAGUCGGACAUGACUGGACUUACAUGUCAAGGGAAACCUUUACCUUUACUAAAGUCCUUCAGUAGACAUUCAAAGCUGUAUUCAUAGGAUCAAAACUUUUGGCGUCCUCUGCUUUACUUAGCACAUUUCCCCUUUACAUCUGUUGUGUGUGUGUGUGUAUAUCUAAAACUAUAUUUUUAAGAGUUGCAGAAAUCUUAAAUAAUUCGAUCCUUUUGGAUAAAAUUAUUAACUUUUCAUGUUGUAUGAUAGCCAAAUUAAAGGCAAAAAGUAAAUAGU